AACCCUAAUUCCACUAUCUGCGCCCUCCCUCCCUCCCUCCCUUGCAUUUCCAUUUUCUCUCUCCUCUGAAAGUCCAUGGCGACGGAGGCUAGCGGCGGAGCAGGCGGCAAGUUCCGGAAGAAGCCGGUUCGGAAGAGCCAAGCGACGCCGUACGACAGGCCUCCCACGGCUUUACGGCCAACUCAGCUAGUCGGUGGCGGUGGUGAGAGAGAGAAGAAUAGCUGGUUGUCGAAGCUUGUAGAUCCAGCUUCCCGGCUCAUCACCGCUGGCGCGCACAAGAUUUUUUCUUCCGUGUUUCGCAAACGUCUUCUUCCUCCUCCUCCUCCUCCUCAACAUUCUCCUGGUGAGAGGACAGAGAUAAGGGAUGUCCAGCCAGAAAUCACGACAAAGGUUGGCUCUUCUGGCACCAAGGAACCACUUGUUUAUAAAGGUAAUGAUUCAGGCGGAGUAUCUGAGAGUAGCGGGGUUGCAGAUUUGGAGUAUAUUUUGAAGCAGAAGACCUUUACUAGGUCCGAGAUAGAUCAUCUUUCUGCGCUUCUACUGUCAAGAACUGUUGAUAAUUUGGCUGGAGAUGAGAAGGGAAGGUCAGAACUUGAUACUUCUGACAAGAAGGUUGCUCAUAGUAGACGUGAAAUAUUAACUAAUCUCCCUGCUAUAGAAAAUGGAGGAGAGCGUGUGUUACCUGCAGUCAUCUCAACUCCUGUCGUGAGAUCGAAAGUGGUUGAAGAUGUUGUUGCUUCCCCUGCUGAGCUUGCGAAAGCGUACAUGGGUAGCAGGCCUACAAAAGCUUCUCCAUCAGUGCUGGGACCGAAAAGUGAUAUGGCGAGGGAAGACUUGUCAGCUCCUUAUAAUCCAUUCUUCAAACAAAAAUCUCCCGCCGUGUCUGUUAUUCAAAGGCCUACAAGUGAGAUUGGAGCAUCUGCUAAUGGUUAUAUGACUCCGAGAUAUCGAGGACGAUCUGCGAUAUAUAGCAUGGGUCGUACUCCUUAUUCCAGGCAUCAUCCAACAGAUAUAUUUAAGUCUGCUGAAAUGGCUUUUGAUACGCAUGGUGCGUCAUCAUCAUCAUCAUCUCAUAAUACAACGGAGACUCAACAGCUUAGUGGAUCUAAGAAACAGGUUCUUAAGCGCAGGAGUUCUGCCCUGGAAAGUGAUAUUGGGUUUGUUGGUCCCAUUCGCAGGAUUCGUCAAAAACCUAAUCUCCUGCACCAUAAAAUCUUGUCACUGCCUGCAUCUGGUGUUCCUCAUAUAAAACAUGGUUAUGGAGCUCUUACAGAAGCUACUGAAGUGCCCUCUUCCAUUGAUUGGAGUUCUAACCACCGUUCUUCAUCGAAAGCACUUGCAGAAAAUGGUGUCCACAGUACAAGCAAUGGAUAUGUUCCUUCGCAAUCUAUUGAGACGGCCCAAAAGAUCUUUCAACAUCUUGACAAAUUUUCUUCAAAAGGAAAGUCUCCUGAGAAGAAAUGUGAAAUUAUGGGAGGAAGUUCAGCUGCCAAGAUGACAACUGAUAUGCGUGAAGGACUGGCUCAUAAGAGCAUGAGUACCGAGUCAUUGAAGGUCUUGCAGACUAUUCAAGACAGUAGGAAGGAGAAUGGUUUGAUGGACUCUUCUAAUGCACAUGAUCAUUCACUUAAGACAUCACCAAGGGUAGAAGGUGGCACCACACAAAGGAUUGUCAUUCCCUCUGUUGAAGAUGGUGCAGAGGCUGGAAGCUCUAAGAAGGCCCUGGAGUAUAUGAAUCAUCGGUCAAGCUUUGACCAACAACAGAAAAAACGGUCUUUUCAGAUGAGUGCUCAUGAGGAUUAUUUGGAGCUGGAUGAUGAUGUUCAUACAAAUGGUGUUGCUUCCGCUCCAAUGAUUAAAGGAGUGGAAUGCAACAAGUUGGCUGAAAGUUCAGCUGCUUUCUCUGAUAAUCCUCAAAGUGCAGCAGUCUCUGCUGUGAAGCCUAUAGCUCCAGAAAUAAAACCAUCGUUGAACUCUUUAGGCUCAAACAAAGAAGAGUCUCUACCAGAUGGGUCUGCAGCUCAAGCAUUUUCUGGCUUUACCAUUCCUACGGGAUUGUUGACUUCAUCUACAACUAGCACGAGUAAACAAGCAGCAGUGAGUUCUCAGUUUACAGCAGAAAUUAAUAAAUUUAGCUCAAACUCUGCCGAGGUGGUUCCAAUUUCGUUUUAUCCCUCAUCCUCCGUUGUGGAAUCUACAGCCGCGAAGGACAUUAAACCAGAAUUGUCAAUCAGUUCAACAGAAGCCGCAAACAAAGCAGAUGAACUUGAUAAAACUGCCAAGGGGAACACCCUACAUUUUGGUGAUGUUUCUAAGAAAAUGGAAGGCUCUGUGUCGAGCUCGGGUAAAAGUUUAUUUUCCUUCGAAACACAACCAAAUGGUGCAACUCUUACGAAUGUACCUAGUACUGUUUCUGUAUCAAGGGUUACGUCGUCUCCCGUUCCGAUUUCAAGUAGUUCAAAUGAUCAGCGUCUAGCUCCUGUAUCAGUCUCUUCUUCACCAUCGCUCUCUAUUUCGAACGGCAAUGCUGUAUCUACUCUCUCAGAUACUUCUGCAGGAACCGUGAUCAACACUGCUACUACAGGUGGCAUGCCAAUCUUUGGCAGCAACACUAGUCAGUUUUCAACGUCCAUUGCUCCUGCAGUUCCAUUUGGAUCCAAUUUGCAAUUCGGAUCUCCUUCAGUUCCUUUUACCCCAGCAGCUGCGACUUCAGCUUCUGAGUCUGUUGUAAAUUCAGGAGCUAAAUUAAGUGACUCUGCUUUUUGCAAUGCUACUAGUGGUCAGUUCAGUGCAAAACCUACUGAAACUGCUAGUGUAGGGAACAAUAUUUUUGGAUUUAGUGCUUCUACUUUAAAAUCUACAAGUAGCGAGACUCCACCUGUUCUUCAAGCUGCUAUCUUCAGUUCUCAAGCAUCAUCAUCUGCUGUUGCAUCCACAACAUCGAUAGCCGGCUUGUCUAGUCAAUCCGCUCCAUCAGCCUCAUCUCAUGUUUUUGGGUUUAGUGCACCUUCUAGUGCUUAUUUAAGCACUGGUGCUAAUCCUUUCACUACAGGUUCUGGGUCAGCGUCAAGUGUGUUUGGUUUGUCUUCAGUGACUGCACCUGUCAGCUCAAGCAGUAAUACAACAUCUAACAUAUUUGGUUUGCAAUCAUCUAAACCUGCUGUCACUGGUUCUACAUUUGGCGCAUCUGGAUUUCAAUUUGGGUUGAAAGCCUCUGAGGCAUCUGCAACUAGUAAUAGCACCCCGAUUGUGUUUGGAGCUACGUCUAGCUCCUCUGCAGCUAAGAAUAGUACACCACUUGUGUUUGGAGCUGCCUCAAGCUCUUCGGCAGCUAACAGUGCAUCAUUUACAUUUGGGGCUACCUCAUCAGCAGCUAACAGUGCACCUUUUGCAUUUGGGGCUGUCUCAUCAGCUUCUGCUUUCUCAGUCCCUUCUGCUGCUGCCUCUGCGCCUGUUUCAAAUACGCUUUUUUCGUCUCAGCCGGCAUUAUUUGGUGGCUCUACCCCUUCACCAUUUGGAUUUGGUUCGACACCCCCUGUUGGAAAUAAUGACCGAAUAGGCAUGGAAGAUAGCAUGGCUGAGGAUUCUGUACAAGUUCCGACACCUGCUGCACCAGUUUUUGGUCAAGCAAUUUCAGCAUCACCAAGCAGUUUUGUGUUUAAUGGAGCAGCACCAUCUGCAGGAAGUCCAUUUCAAUUUGCCGGCCAGCAGAACCAAUUUGCAGCCCAGAACACACCAUUUCAGCCCUCUGCUAGUCUAGAAUUCAAUGCUGGUGGGGCUGGGAGCUUUUCAGUAGGUAGUGGUGGUGGUGAUAAAGCAAACCGUAGAAUUGUGAAGGUAAAAAAAGGAAUACGGAGAAAAUAAAUGUGGUUGCUCAAGUUACAUGCAUUUAUAGAACAAAGUUGUCCCUUAUUCGCUUCUCAUGGAACAAGAAUGGGCUCAGAACGAGGCCCUUGGGAUGACCUUGGUUUCGCCUAGGUUUACCCUCCGGAUUGACAAUUGUGAUUCCAGGAAAGCAAGGACAAGAUCUUUCCAUUUCAUAAUUUUUUUUCUUCAUUGGUGAUAGGUUAAUACCAUUUUCAAGUCUUAGUUUUCACAAUUUUGAGUUUUCUUUGAAUCUGGUCAAAUAUUUGUAUUUGUAAUAAGUCCACUAGUUGAGUAGCUAGGAUCAUCUCUUCUACCCGUAUUGUGUACCAUAAAGAACGGAGUUGUGAAUCCUAUUCUUUUUUCUUAAAGUUUGUCAGGAAGUACUGCACUAAAAUGGUUCAGUAUGUUUAUUCCAUUGAAAACAUCUUGUCCCUAGAGUCAA